UUAGUGCAGCGUGCCUUUUUUUUCCGAGGCAGAGAAGAACAUGAGCAAGAUAGAAGACCUUGAAUUUCCCUACUGCCAAGAUGUUAAUAAAUACGAGAAGCUGGCCAAAAUUGGACAGGGGACCUUUGGUGAAGUGUUUAAAGCUCGUGACAGGAAAACAAAAACCUUGGUCGCCCUCAAAAAAGUUCUUAUGGAAAAUGAAAAGGAAGGGUUUCCCAUCACAGCAUUGAGAGAGAUUAAGAUUUUGCAGCUUCUGAAGAAUGAAAAUGUUGUUAAUUUAAUUGAAAUUUGUAGGAGUAAAGCCACACCCUACAACAGAUUCAAGAGUACUUUCUACCUGGUAUUUGAAUUCUGUGAACAUGACUUAGCAGGACUUCUUAGUAAUUCCAAUGUGAAGUUCACCUUGGGGGAAAUCAAGAAAGUUAUGCAGCAACUGCUCAAUGGAUUAUAUUACAUCCACAGUAACAAAGUGCUUCAUAGAGAUAUGAAAGCAGCUAAUAUUCUGAUAACAAAAUCAGGACAGUUGAAAUUAGCUGAUUUUGGACUUGCAAGAGCUUUCAGUAUUAACAACAAAGGCCAGCCAAUGAGAUAUACCAAUCGUGUUGUUACUCUAUGGUAUCGCCCCCCAGAACUUUUGCUUGGUGAAAGGGAUUAUGGACCAGCUAUUGACAUGUGGGGGGCGGGAUGUAUCAUGGCAGAAAUGUGGACGAGAAGUCCCAUAAUGCAAGGUGACACUGAGCAACGCCAACUACAGCUAAUCACACAGCUUUGUGGUUCUAUCACAACAAAAGUAUGGCCUGAUGUGGAAAAAUACGAACUUUAUACCAAAAUGGAGCUACCAAAGGACCAAAAACGUAAAGUGAAGGAUCGCCUGAAAGCCUACAUUAAAGACCAAUAUGCCUUGGACUUACUGGAUAAGUUGCUCACACUGGACCCAACCAAACGUAUCGAUGGUGACCGAGCACUGGACCAUGAUUUUUUCUGGACAGACCCACGUCCUUGUGAGCUGGGUAAAAUGCUGUCCCAGCAUACUAUGUCCAUGUUUGAGUAUCUGGCGCCCCCUAGGAGGCGUGGAGCUGGACCACACCAGCAGCAGCCUGUUGCUAAACCUGCAGCAAGCAUGGACCAACAUUUUGAUAGGAUAUUCUAGUCGUUUUAAUUAUGAUUGGGUCAUUCUUUUACUUCAAAUUUGAAGAGUCAUGUUUUUGUAUACAAAAAGCAUAAGAUUUUGAUCUUUUAUAUCUGCAACAUAUUUUACCCUCUGUCAUUUCCUUUUUUUCAUUUAUUCAUCUCUCUGAUUAGAUAUUUAUGUUAGAAGCAACCACAUUGCAGAUUAACUGUCUUAAAUUUAACUGGAAGGAAAAUAAGAUGUUGGAGAAACAUAACGAUCCCAAAAGUACAAAGAGAGAAAUUACUGUGGAAUACCCCAUGAUAAUAAUACUUGCCUGGAGUAGGGCAAGACAUACUGGGAUAAUGUUUGACAUAAAUAACACAGGCCUAAAACCAACAAUUUCAAAUGUGGUUUAAGCUUGUGGACUUUUUACCCCCUUAGUUGAUCCAACAUGAGGAAUUGCAUAGAACCUGGACCAAAUUUUGAUUCAAAGUGGAUCUUUUUCUCCCAAAAGGGCAAUUCUUUUUAACCCUACCACCUGAUUUUGUUCCAAGUGUUCAGUGUAUAAAACAUUUAAAAUAUUUUGUCAUAAUCUAGAUAUUGUGUCAGUUUUUUUUUUUUUUACAGUAAAUCCUUUAGUUCCACUUGUAUUAAAUGAAUGAUAAGGGUAUCGGCAAUUAUUAUUGUAAUUCUAGAGAAUGGGUAAACUUAGUGAAUUUGUAUGGCAGGGAUAUUUUGAAAGAACUCAUUUGGAAAAUUAUCCUUUAUUGCUUUUUAAGUUGAUAUAUUGGUACUGUGCU